AUGGAAUAUAAGAUCAAAGUCAUGAAAGAGGAACAUCCAGAAAUCACUGUGGAAAACCUUCCCAUUUAUUUAAGACUUCAGAAACCAUUACUUAUUUUAUUCAAUGAUGGCAGCAUAAAUCCUCAGUAUAAAAAAGCAAUAUUGACGCUGGUAAAAGAGAAACACUUGGAUUCACUUACUCCUUGCUGGUUAAAUCUAAAGAAUACUCCUGUGGGAAGAGGAAUAUUGCAAACAUAUUUUGACGCUCUGCCUCCCCUUCCUCGUAUUGUUGUGGUGAAUCUGCAUUCAGGGGGCCAAGUAUUUGCAUUUCCUUCAGAACAGGCUAUCACCGAACAAAACCUUUUAUCGUGGCUUAAGAAGUUAAAAGCAGGACUUGAGAGUCAUAUCACAAUUUUACCUGCUCAGAAAUGGAAACCUCCUCUUCCUGCUUAUGAUUUUCUAAGUAUGAUGGAUGCUGCAGCAUCUCAACAUUCUGCAAGGAAAGCGCCCAAGUGUAUAAAAGAAACCAACGUGCAGGAGAAUGAUAAAAAACAACAUGAAGAUAAAUCAACAAUCAGAAAAGAACCAAUUGAAACACUGAGAAUAAAGCAUUGGAAUAGAAGUAAUUGGUUUAAAGAAGGAGAAAAAUCACUUAGGCAUGAUAAUAAAGAAUUGUGAUGCUCAAGAGUUAUGAGCUGGUUUCAUAGGGUUGUGGAGAGCUUUACAAAAUCAUUGUAGCUUAUUUGGUAGAUUGAAGAACCUAUUAAAAAAUAAUAAUCACUUCCAGUCUCUAGACCAUUGUUGUCCAAUGGAAAUAUAAUGUGAAUCAUAUAUUUAACUUGGAAUUUUAUAGUAGCACCUUUAAAAAAGGUAAAAGCAAGUAAAAUUAAUUUUAAUAUUUCACCCAGUAAGUAUACCCAAAUUAGCUCAGUUAACAUGAAAAUUACAAUAUUUUACAUUCUUUUUUUCAACCAAGGCUUCAAAAUCCAGUGAUUAUUUCACCCUUACUAUACCUCUCCCUUCCGAUAGGGCUAGUGACUACUGAAUUGGAAGCUCAGCUCUAGACAAAAACUGGUAUAAUUAAUUUAACUUGGGUCUAGCCAUGAAAUAUUUUGAAUUAGAAUAAAAAUGUGACUCUAGUUUAAUCAUAGUUGACUUCACAGUGAUAUCACACAGCUGAAGUUGUAUUUGCUUUGUUGUAGACAUGAUGUUGAAAACAGUGUUUUUAAACCAGGGAGCAGUUUUGCCCCCAGGAGACAUUUGUCAAUGUCAAGAGACAUUUUUGCUUGUGACUAGAGGUAUUACUGGCAUCUAGGGGUGGGUAAAGGUCAGGGAUGCUGCUAGAUACCCUGUCAUGCAUUGGACAGCCCCUCACAACAAAGAAUUAUCCUGCCCAAAUAUCAGUAGUUCCAAGGUUGAGUAAUCUUGUCUGAAACUAACCUGUGGUAGAAUAUUCUUGUUCUGCUUAGUUAUAUUUAAAAAAAAAAUCUUGGAUAUUAAAGAUAUAUUAGGUAGUCUUAUCCUGAUUAUUAUCUUGACACAACCGUAUCUUUCAUUAUAAAUGUGUUUUUACAUUUUUUGAAUGGUAAUGAUAUAACCCUAAAAAGGACUCAACGAGAUUAUACACACACACACACACACACACACACGCAAUUAUGUAUAUUAUACAUAGUUAUGUAUGAUAAUCUAUAUAACCUUAUAUGUAUAUAAUAUGUAAAAAUGUAUGUAAGAGAAUCUUAAAACUUGUUCUUAAUUCUACAAGUUAUAUUGCUAAAUUGAAGAGGAUCUAAACAUUCUGCUAUCCUCCUCUCAAAAAGAGAGGCUCCCCCAUCUGAGCCAUGUGUGAAAUAUACCUUUGUAAGCUUUCUGGACAAAUCAGUUGGUCUCCCUCAUCUAUAUAAUGAGAGGAGAAGCCAUAGAGCCUCGUCUGUAUAAUGAGAGGGAAAGAUUAGCCAGAAAAGUAAUUUUGCAUUCCAAAAGCACUUACUUGUCAGGGUGAUCUGUUUGUAGUAGUUUGUCUCAUUUUUGCUUCAUCCAUAUUUUUGAGACAUUUGUUGAGAACAUCGUACUUUGUGCUCCACUGUAUUUCUCCCUUUUAAUACCUACCUGGGGUAUCUGAUUCUUGAAAUUUUCUGCACAUACGGUUUGCCUAGAACAACUGAGUUCAUAACUGGAAUCUUAAAAAGCAAAAAUAGCUAUAUUUCAUUGUAACAUAGAUAAUUUUCUACUGUUAGCACCCCCUUCUUGAUAUUUUUCUUGUAGUAUGUAAUGCAUAUUAUUUCAGUUCAUUCUCAUUUGUUUUGAUUUCUAACAUGGGAGAUAAUGAGAAUGAACUCUAAAUAUAGUUUGUAGUAAUAAGAAAACAUUAGCCUAACCAAUAGAAAAUGUUAAUUAACUAUAAGCACACAGAAAUAAAAAAUCAGUGAGUUAUUGUACCAUACCCAGCAAUUUUGACAGUUGUUAAUAACAUGUUCUUUUAAUAAAGUGUCUAGAUUUCAGGCUA